UGGGCGAGUUCUCACUCUGCGUGCUAUUUAUCCUGAAACAGCUGCGACACAACACCAUUUCAGUUGUACGUGCUGAAUCUUUUCGAAUCGUAAAGGAAUAACUCAAUGGAUUAUUAGUUUAUGAGGCAUUGAGAAGAGUGAAAUAUGUCCUUUUAACAAACUGCUGGAAGAUUUUGUCUCACAAUGAUGGAACAGGAUGAAUCUGCAAGGUUUGAGGGAGAAAAUGGUCUGAAGAUCCAUCCUAAACCUGUCAUCCCAGAAAAACCUAAAGGCAUCCCACCUCCAUUAAAAGUCAGCAAUCCUUUUGUCUCCUCCCUCAAUGCUGCUGUGAGAAAAGGGGAGAUUCUCGCACCACGUGUAGUCUUUAAAGAUGACAAAAAUCUCAGUCGCCAGCUUUCUCCACCUUGGGGAUCAAAACCCAGUGACAACCAGUUUGUCAAUAACACUGAACUGCUGGAUAACCAAAAGAAGGAGGUGAAUGCUGUUAAACAGAAUCUCAAAGACAAGAAUCUCCCACUGGUUUCACCAAUGUCUCCAAAAAUAGAUGAAACCUCAGAGCCUGAAUCUAGUCCACGCACACCUGUGUCUGCUAUACCAGCCAAAUGGUCAACACCUAAAAAGUUUGUAUUUAACCCUCCAAAAGCUACCAAAGUUGAAAACAACCAAACAGAACAUAAUAAGGGGGUUGAAGUUACCAAGAAGUCUAUGAAAGACAGAAAUUUUCCAUUGGUUCUGCCAGUGGUUCCGAAAAAAGUUGAAACUUCAGAACCUGAACCCAGCCUAUUUACACAUGUGUCUGUUCCACCAUCCACACCCAAGAGCUCUGUUAUUACGCCUCAAACAGCCAGUAAAGUUGUGAAUGAGAAUGCAGAUGUCACAAAAGAGGUCAAUGUUGCAAAAAAGUCUAUAAAGGAAAGGAAUCUUCCACUUGUUUUGCCAACAAAAGCUGAUACCCCAGAGGUUGGAAGCAACCCCAAUACACCAAUGUCCAUUUCACCAAUCAAAGUAUCUACACCCAAGAGUUUUGUAUUUACCACUUCAAAAACUAGCAAUGAGAAGCCAGGAACAGUAGAAAGUUCAAUUAAAAGGGAAAGUCCAAUUCCAGCAAGUCGUACCCCUGCUCCACACCCCCCAACUCUUGCUGCCUCAUCGGUUGCAGCAAUUCCCUCAACUGAAAGUGUUCCUGUUGUCCCUAAGGCUGUUGUUCCUUCUCAGACUUCAGUUGUACCACCUUCUGUCCCCAACACUCCUGCCUCAAGUAUUCCACCCCCAAGCAUCCCAACCUCUGUUAACCUUGAGCCAAAGAUUCUUAAGCCAAAAAUUCUUGAACCAAAGGUUCUUGAACCAAAGAUUCCUGAGUCAAAGAUUCUUGAACCAAAGAUUCCUGAGUCAAAGAUUCUUCAGUCAAAGAUUCCUGAGCCAGUCAUUCCAACACCAGUCAUUCCUGUUCAAACUAUCCCUAAGAUUCCUAAACCAGAUCCUUCUUUUACAACUCUUGCUGACACCGAACCUCUGAAGCCAAAUAUAAAUAUGCUCAAUUUGUCAGAAGUAUUUCCUCCCCCUGAAGGAAGCCCUCCUGCAGAAUUCACUGAUAUUCCUCCCCCUCUUCUUGAAGAUUAUCCCGAUGGAGACUUAUUUGAGCAAAUCAAACCUAUUCCAGCAAUACGUACAUCUAUCCCCCCAAUUUCCAGGAGUCCAGAUAUCUCCAGGUUAGCCUCUACCCCUGCACUGUCUACCUAUCCAGUAGUAUCUUCAGAGCCUUUGGUGAACCCCUUAGAUGUUCAUACUGUAGUUAAACCUGUAGACGUGGUUCUGGAGAAUACGAAAGUUCUCACUGACAGUCCUGACAGUCCUGACAUGAUUAAAGAGGAACAUCCCUCAACCAAGCCACUUUCACCCCUCUCAGCCUUGGCGAGAGCAGAAGAAAUGGCCUCAGUAAAACGCACACCACCUGAUAGCCGUAUUUUUAACCUUCUGGAACGGGCUAAGAGAAAGUCAACAGCGAUUCAAUUGGCUACCACACCUGAGCAUACAACCCCAAUAGAGACAGUUACACCUGAGAAACCGCUGCCUGAAACUCCCACAACUCUGCCUGAGACUUUCACAACUGAGGUGACACAACCUAAGGUGACUCCACCUGAAAAGGCAUUACCACAGCUUGCCACAACUGUAAAAGCACUGCAUGAGGAAACUCCACCUGUAGCAGAAGUGCCUGUUAUCCCUGACCUCCCUCCAGUUGACUAUGUAGAUCGUGCACGGUUUCCACCUAAAGUCAAAAUACCUGAACUGCCCAAGGUUAAUGGCCUUGAUAAUAGGGUGUUGACAGUGGUCAAACCAGUACAUCCUCCUCCACCACCACCUAGGAAGGCUCUACCAGCCACACCCAUGGUGGACCCUCUAUUAGAAAAACCAACUCCGUCUCCUGCUCCUCACCUCCAGAUACCCAAAACACCAUCUGAACACCUAGAAACACAUGAAGGAUCACUACAUGACAGCUCAUUUGGAGAGAUAUUUUAUGAUGCUGAAGAACCUGCGACCCCUGCAGUUUCCACAUUCAGGCCUCCGUCAGUACCAUCAUCAUCCUCCACUCCCAAAAGACCACUCUCAGGUCACGAGGAAGCCAUUCUGAAACAGCGCAACCCAAAACCUCAGGUUAAAGAUGUUGUUCCUCUGAACAUGGAGGAUAUGGAUUAUGGGUCUAUGAACUCUGGUUCUCCGAGUACAGAAAUUCAAGCUGCUGUGCUUAAGGACUCGAUGCAAAUCUCACCUGCCUUGUCUCCAUCAGGGACCCUUGAAAGAGCUGACAAUGUCUUUGAAGAUUACACAGAAAAUAAAAAAGGCAAAACAAUAAAGAAUAAAAAGCAGAAAGGACCUCCAAAGAAUCCAUAUGCUGAUACAGCGGCUCAGGUUCAGGAGGCUCCCAAGAAAAGCUUGUUCACCAGGAAGAACUCUGCAAAAGCAGUAGAUGAAAAGGAACAAAAGAAAAAAGACAAACAGCGAGAAAAGGAAAAAGAGAAGGAGAAGGAAAGAGAAAAGAAGGAGCAGAAAGAAAAAGAGAAGAAAGAAAGCGAAAUAAGGAAAAGAUUUAAGAUCACAGGCCAAGAAGAGCCCAUAUACCAUGUUAAAGUGAUCGAGGACUGUAAAGGCCGUAAAAACGACUUGCCGGUGAAGGUUGGAGACACCGUGAACAUCAUUCGAACCGAAAACUGUCCGAAAGGGAAAUGGCUGGCUAAGGACAACAACAAUACAUACGGUUAUAUCCCGGUGGAGUGUGUGGACUUGAACAUCAAUGGCAUUAUGGAGUUGGGGAAGAAGACAACAGUGUCUAACAGAUCCAAUGGCAAUGGACACAAAGACACUGAAGCCAACAGUACAAACAGCAGGAGCUCAGAGCAUUACAACUUGAACCAUGAGAGCCAUGAGAGCUUCUCAGAAGACAGCGAGGAAUGGACAUGUGAAGAUGAUGACCCAGCGUUUGGCACUCCUGAUGAAACGGCACACGUAGAGCCGCAUCAGUCACAGGCCACACCAGCUCAAGAUGUUGUCGAUAAACCCCAAAUUUAUUCAACUUACAACGUACAAGCGAAACAGGAAGCCCUUCACAAACUCUCCUCAUUCUUCAUGCAACCCAAAACACCUUCUCAACUCCCACAGCAAAGUUCUUCAAGAAUGCCAGAGCCCAAACCAGCGCAUGAAGGGGAUUCUGGCAGCUUAGUUAAUGAAGAGGAAGGAGGAUUAGAUACGUCGGAUCUCCAGAUUCUGCCUCCCCCUGAUCUGUAUGCUGAUUUAAUUGCUGGAGACUCAGGGCCCGUUUACACUAAGCCAAUCAAACUCGUGCAGAAAUAGCUGAGUGGCUGCUGAAGGGAGAGCCGUACUGCUGGAUCUCGGAGUUCAUAACCCUCCUGUGGGCUGAGUUUCAGUGAGAGCCACAGUAAAUGUCAGCAGGAGACGAGUCUGUCAGCCGACAACAGUUGUGUUUGGGAUUGUGCAUCUGCCUGGAAGAAGCUGCAGGCGGCGACUCCUAUAUCUGCGUUACCUUCAGUUCGUGUCAAGACCGCCCUCAUGUGGAGAUUAUAAGUUUUACAUCGAAGCGUUGGUUCAGUUUCUAUUGAUAAAUAAUCAGGCCAGAUACUGCAGGUUAGUUGGGUAAAACGAUUAUCAGCGUUAUCACCAUCCUUCAUUUAAUGCUUUAAGAAUUGCAAAUAGUUUUUGUAUUACACAUUUUGUAUAAUGAUAUGUUUGAAUAUGCAAAUGAGCUAUUGUUUCAUUAAACAUGCUAAUUUGCAUAUAAAUCUAGCACAAAAAUCUGAAUAUUGGAUGAAGUCAGACGCAUUAUUA